AUGCAAUCCUUGAACUUCCCAAUCCCAAUUUACAACAGCAUCAAUAAUAAGCAUUUUCUCUUUCGAAACAAAAGAGACCAAACGCACCGUUUCCCUACUUUAACUCUCGCGGCCAAAUAUGACCCGGCUCUCAAAGAGGAAGAAGAUAAAGGAGUGACGGUUGUGCGUUUGCCGGAGGGGCUACAGAGGGAGGCAAUGCCCCGACAUGUGGCUGUGAUAAUGGAUGGCAAUGCGAGGUGGGCCAGGCAGCGUGGGAUUAUAGGAGCAUCCGCUGGGCAUGAAGCUGGUGCACGGUCACUUAGGGAGCUUGUGGAAUUGUGUUGUGAGUGGGGGGUUGGAGUUCUCACUGUUUUUGCCUUUUCUUAUGAUAAUUGGAUUAGGCCUAAGGAGGAGGUUGAUUUCUUGAUGGGUUUAUUUGAAAGGAUGUUGAAGUCUGAGUUGGAUAAUUUUAUGAGGCAGGGUAUUCGUGUCUCUUCAAUUGGAGACUCCUCCAGGCUCUCGCAGCCUCUAAAGAAACUGAUAAGUGACGCAGAGGAGAAGACGAAUGACAACUCCAGGCUCCACCUUAUCGUGGCAGUUAGCUAUAGUGGGAAAUAUGAUGUUGUACAGGCAUGCAAAAGCAUCGCUAAAAAGGUAAAGGAUGGUACUGUUCAACUUGAAGACGUCAGCGAAAGCCUACUUGAACAGGAGUUGGAAACAAAUUGUGCCGAGUAUCCAUGCCCUGAUUUAUUGAUACGAACCAGCGGAGAACUUAGAAUCAGCAAUUUCUUACUGUGGCAGUUGGCCUACACUGAACUUUUCUUUGCAGAAGCACUCUGGCCUGAUUUUGGAAAAGCUGAGUUUAUAGAGGCCUUAACUUCCUAUCAGCAGAGGCAGAGACGCUAUGGGGGACGCCAUGCAUAG